AUGACGCCUCGUCCAAGUGCUGCGGUACACUUGCAAGUUGAUGAUACCUACCUGCCCGAGGUCUGGCUCUGGUUUGCAAUUGGCGUCGCAGUCAUCUUCGCACGGUGGACAGUACGAAUCAGGACCGUCGGCUUCAGAGGACUGGACGGUGACGAUCUGUUCUCAAUUCCGUUUUUGGGGCUGUGGACAAUCAACGCCUUCAUCGUCUACGCGACUUACUACUCGGGCGGAAACAUCGACGUGACGGCCGAACAAGCUGAACAGCUCUCCGAUAGGGACGUAUGGGUCCUGGAGUACGGCAGCAGAUGGGAAUUCGCGUCCUUCUUUACCUACUGCGCGAUUAUAUGGUGCCUGAAGUUCAUGGUUCUCUUCUUCUACCGGCGCCUCAAGGCAGAUGAAUGGAGGCAGACCGUUCUGACCGUCAAGCGACUAUUCUGGAUAAACGGCCUGGCCUUCCUCGCCUUCCUCCGAAAUAAUUGGGUCGUACGGCCUCUGCCCAGCCGCCGCUGUACGUUUCGUCCUCAAAACUUCUGGGUCCUCGUAAUCUUGAACGUCCUCACCGACGCCCUCAUCAUGACCAUCCCGGUUCCCAUUCUGUGGCAGCUGAGGGUCUCGAAGCUCCGGAAAGUCGGCGUCUCGCUCCUCCUGUGCUCAGGCGUGUUUGUCAUCUCUACCGCUGUGGUGAGGGCCGCCUUUACAAUUGCUGGUGCCCCGUCGGUGAUUACAAUUAACCGUUGGGGAUUUCGCGAGACAGCCGUCGGAAUGCUAGCCGUCAACGCCCCAGUCCUAGUACCACUCUUCUCGAAAGCCUUCUGGGCGCGAGGCCCAUACCGACCCGGAAAUAGGCCAGGCCAAGCACAAGGGGCGGGCGUCUUCGGCGGUGGCAACCAUGGGAAUAGACGCAGGCCAGCAGGAGCACCCAGGCCGACGGUCUUCGAGAUCCCCAGCGAGAUGACGUGGACGACACAAGGGGUGAGUUACGGCACAAGCGAGCAGACGGAGCUCAGCAAGAUGAGCAGGGCCAGCAGGCCCGGGCACACGAGGGAUUUGGAAAAGGGGCCGGAUACGAUGCCUGGGGCGAUUGAGACACAGACGGCAGAGCGCCAUGCGGAACCAAAUCAGGACGACUUGGCUAUUUCACCGGCUCAGGGCGUUGGAUGA